CCAAGGUCAGUGUAAAGUGCCGCGGUCAAUUUGGUACUGGCGCUUUACCUGGUGUGGAUUAGAUCUGUCAUCUCACUUUUUUUCCUGCAAUUUUCAGCAAGCUAAUAUGCAUAGCUGAAUAAAGCACUACAAAGUUGCAUAGAAAAAAAAUAAAUAAAUAAAUAAUGGAAACAUCUGAACCCAGUUGUAUUGUUUUAUCUAGUGAAUAUGAAGGUAGGUGUUUCUGUCAUCUAAACUAGCCUUAUUAUAAUUUUCAUAAUAAUAAUUAUUAUUAUUAGAAAAUGUCAAUGCAAAAUCACCAUGUUCAGCAAAUUGUUGUCAUAGCAUCAAAGACUCUGACGUAUUAAAACAUUCGAAUGAAAAUCAAUUAUCUGAUCAUUAUGCAGAGAUAUACUCACCUGCUGACAGUCUUUCUAGUUCAGAGUCAGUUGAAAUCCCCUGUGAUAUACCUGAUGGUCCUAUGUAUCAUGAUCUUGCUGCUUAUAUAAAUUCAGUUGUUGUAGCUAGUACAAAGCAAUCGUCAUCACUAUCAUCAAAUCAUAUGGAUUCCCAAUCAAAAUUGUAUCCAAAUGCAAGUGAUACUAAUGAGCUUCAGUCAUACCCUGAGAUUGUAUCAGACACACCUGCAAAUAUGGAUACAACAGAUGCAACAAAUGUUACGCAAAUAAGUCAGAAUGACACUGAUCUUUCAUCAUCGUCAUGUCCCACUCAGCAAAUUGAUGUUGUACAGAAUUCAGUAGAACAAGCUGGAGGUGACAUGUUUACAGAGUUUUGUGAAGAUGAUUUCGCUGAUUUUGUAAGUAACGGUCCAGCUGAUGAAAAUUGGGCUACAUUUACUGACGAGACAGUUGACAACAUCGACAGUAAGGUUAAUAAUGCUCCUGAUGUCAUAAACUCCGAGAAUUUUACAGAAGAAGAUAAUGAUAGUGAAGAUUUUGGAGAAUUUACUCAGUUUACACCAAGUGUAGUAGCUGUUCCACCAACUACAGUGGAAAUACCCAGUGAUUGCAGACUUACAAAUGAAAGACAAACAUCAACUCCAGGAAUCUUGGAACGGUUACUCUUGAAGCUGGAGCCUUCAUUGGAUAAAGCUUUUGGGCAGCAUUUUAUCAAUCCACAUGUCAGCGAAAAUUUAAAAUCUUCACAUGGAUCGAUUGAAAUUGGCCUACAAGCCUGCUCAGGCGAACAGCCAUCAUCAAAAGAAGUUUUGUCGUCAUCAACUAUGCUCAAUCAUCGCAUUUGGAAUCGUCUGUGUAGUCCAGAUCGACUGCCUGAAGUACAUCAACAAUGGUGGAAAUCUCCAAUUUUCAUGACAUAUUUAAACGCUAUCGACGUGAAUGCUCAAAAUGCGAUUCCAGCCUUUGCCAGUCAACUACGUCUACUUGAACCUGUUCGAUUGACUAGUCAAAAUUAUUUGAGCAAGAAUACACUUACAAAUGGUGGCUGUCAUACUCAGGGAAACAAUGAGCAACAUUCAGUUUUAUCAGCUAAUAAUAAUAAUACUGCGAAGUCAUUGAACUUCAAAGCUGACAAUGAUCAAGUGUACAAGAACAAUAAUGACAAUAGCAAUGGUAAAAUAACUGAAUAUCUGGAUUUAGACUUUUUUGAAACACGAGAAAGUCAACAGAAUUCAAGGAGUCCAUCCAACGGAGGUGAACGAGGUAGUGAUGACAAUAAACACUUAAAGUUAUCAGAUUUAGAAGCUGAACUGUCAGCCUAUACUAUUCCUCCACCAACCAAUUGUCAACCGCCUCCUCCUCCGUUGGUAGCAGAUUUAAAACUCUUAGAGAUGGGAAAUAAACGUUCCAAACUGAGUGACACGGUUCGUUCCACACUGAAACGUUUACCAAUCAUUAAUUAUAUGCGUUCCAAGCGUCUUAUGUUCCCUGUUCAACAACAGCAACAGCAACCACAGAACUCUCCACAAUGAUGAUGAUGAUGAUGAUGAUGAUGAGCAUACUGUGUUCCGUCUAUGUGACCUCUUUU